UGACUGGCCCAUCUUACAGGGCUGGCCAUCACUACAUGUCGGGUCUUCCCUCAGGGGCCUGAGGCUUAUUGGCCAAGGCACUUGGCGGGGAUGGAAGCCUCGCUACCCUAUGGAUAACACUCAGGCAUACUGCCUGGGGAACUCUGGGCACAGCCUGGAACCACGACGAGGGAUGCGUGCCUGGAUGACCCUAGGUGUAAUGAGCCUGGGGUGUCUAGGCAUUUACACCAUCUUCAUUCUUCAGCCACCUUAGCUGCCCUGGGCUAAAGAAAGCCUGGGGCAGUCUUGGGUUUUCCAUUGAAAACUAUUUCAAUGGCCUGGAUGGAUCUGGGCCUCUUCCGGGUUUUUCUCCCCGGGGUUCGCCAUGCUGGAGGUUCCAGUGUCACCCGCCUGGUCAUCGUGGGACAUCAGCCUGAAAGAGUUCAGGCCUGAUGCCUGGAACUUUUCAGGCAUUGCCUGGAGUGCACUAGAAGCCAACUUGACUGGAAGAACAGUAUCCUGACUUGGGAUCUUCUCACAGGUCUCAUGCCUUGCCAGCUUAUUGGAAUAAGCUGGUCCAACCCAAACUGAGAACCUUAAGCUGGAAGCACAUCUCCGUUUGCUGCAGUCCUUCCUUCCUCACAUAUGGUGACUAAGCCAGAGUUACUCACAAGAACCCAGAUCCUAGGAAAAUGCAGAUCAUGUUGACUGGUUUCCUGAAUGGUAAGAAUGCCAGAAUCUUCAUGGGAGAACUGUGGGACCUCCUGAUCUCUGCCCAAGCAAGUCCAUCAGGUAUACCCAAACAGUUCCUAGAUCAGAAGAAGGAAGAACUGAAAAAGAAAAUGGAGGAAGAAGAGAGGCUACAAAAAAUACAGGAAGCAAGACGAGAAAGAGAUAAGGAAAAGGAAAAAGAUAAAGAGAGGGACCGAGAUCGUGAUAAGGACAGAGAGAAGGAUCGCAGAGACAGGAGAAGUCGUAGCAGAGACAGAUCGUCACGUGGGUCACGAAGGGACAGGUCACGUUCUCCUCGUUCAAAGGAUGACAAGAAGGAAUCCAAAAAGGAGUCUUCAAGGUGGGACAAGAAGGAUGAAUCAAGUAAGAAUAAAGAAGAAAAGAAAGAAACUAAUGGUGAUGUUUCAGCCAAGGAAAAGUCUGCAGCUACAAAAUCCCCGAAACAGGACCCUUCUUCACCUAAGCAGGAGGCUACAGUCAAACAGGAAAAGCCAGAGAUUUCUCCAAAGAAAGAGCGAAGUGAUAGGGACAGAGACAGAGGGGAAAGAGGACACUCGAGAGACAGAAAAAGUAGAAGAUCAAGAGGAAGAUCACCAAAGAAAGAGGAAGAUAGGAGGCGCAGAGGCUCUUCGAGAAAGCGUUCUCCUAGUCCUCGCAAGCACUCACCUCUUGUGCGCAAACGAUCACCCAGUCCUCGCAAACGAUCAGCUAGUCCACGCAAGAGAUCACCUAGUCCAAGGAAAAGGUCAGCCAGUCCUCGCAAGAGAUCUCCUAGUAUCCGAAAGCGUUCAGUUAGUCCACACAAAAGGUCGUCAUCUCCUCGGCCCAAGAUACGGAGGAGAACGCGCUCUCCAAGCUCAAAUUCAGAGUCUUCCAGCAGUUCUCGAUCACGCAGUCGCUCUGCCCCAAGAAACAAGGAAGAUGAUUUUGAGAUACAUCGCAAAGAAGACUCGGUUCUCAAGAAGCGACAGUACAGGUCAAAUCGAGACCCAUCAAGUUCAGAAGAUGAGGGACAAGCCCGUAACUUUACUGGUGACCAUAGAGGGGCUGGGUCUCCACGGCGUAGGUCACCCCCGCGUUAUAAGAGGUCUCCCUCACCACCCAGGCGGGGAAGGAGGUCACCCUCUCCUAGAUAUCGUCGCAGGUCACCCAGUCCCCGUCGACAUUCCCCAAGCCCAAGAUUUCAUAGGAGGUCCCCUAGUCCUCGUGGUAGGAGGUCUGUGAGUCCAAAGGGUAGCCCAAGAAUGCGAAGGUCACCAAGUCCCAGAGGCAGAAUGUCCCCAAACAUGAGAAGAGGCAGAUCACCAAGCCCUCGGAACAGAAGGUCUCCAAGCCCUAGAGGUCGAAGGUCCAUUACUCCAAGAGGGAGGAGAUCGUCCAGCAUUAGGGGAAGAAGAUCAGUCAGCCCAAGAGGAAGACGUUCGCCUAGUCCAAGAGGGAGGCGGUCAUCCAGUCCACGUAGACGGCCUAUGUCUCCUCCUCAGAGCAGAUAUCGCCGAUCACACUCGCGAUCACCAGUCCGUAAGAAGCAUGGCAGCGCAUCUCACUCUCCUCGAAGGGGUGGUCCUCCUCCCCCAGCAGCUGCAGACAAAAAACACAAUAUAAGCAAUGCUAGUCGACUGAUGCAGCUUGCCAAUUACUCAGCAGACACAAUCAAGGAAGUCCAAUAUAAGCUUACAAAGAAGAAUGAGAAUAAUCAUCCUGCUUCCGGCUCUGACGAAUCUGAUAGUGACGACGGCAGAAUGUCCCGUAGAGUUCCUAAGAGGAGAUCGCGGUCUGCAUCUGUUUCUCAGUCUCCACGGCAGAGGAGGAGAAUGGACUCGGGAUCAGUAGAUGGAUCAGAAGAGGAAGAAGAGGAUGAGGGAUCUUCAAGCAGAGAAUCAUCUCCUGUUGAAAAGAAAAAGAAGAAGAAGAAGAAGAAGCACAAGAAGAAGGAUAGCAGUAGUGAAUCUGAGGGAUCUGAAACUGAAGAAAAGAAGAAGAAAAAGAAGGAAAAGAAGAAGAAACACAAGAAACAUAAGAAGCAGAAGAAGCAUAAAAAACACAGACAUGAGGAGUCAGAGAGUGAAUCAGGAGAGAGCAUGGGAGGGGAAGAGUUGGAACGUAAGCUUCGAGAGAAGGCCCUCCUUUCCAUGAAGCGUCAAGAGAGAUCAUCUGCUGCUUCAGAGUCAGAAUAGAAAUAAAGUAGAUUUUGUACUCCCAGAUUUGCAGUGUGUAUGGCCAUACAGUGUUAAGCAGCAGUGUUGUUGUCUGUACAGAACUCCUGAGUGUGUAUGCAAAAGAGGAAUGUGUAUGGUCAUGCAAUGCCAAGCAGCUUUUGUGUUGUCAUGUACAUAACUGUGUGUCUGAAGAAUUAUUACAGAUUAAUGUAUGAUGCAUAGAAAUGCAAGUAUUCUUAUGUUGUAAAUGAAACUGGUAAAGUACUUAGUACUUAUUUGCUGCAUAAAGAAAUAUAAGUUUUGUGAUUUUACACUUUGGUAUACAAGAAUAUCAGUGAAAGGCCAAACAUUGUAUACAAAUUCUUUUUCUAAUUGGAGUCAAGUGUUUGAUAGAGUGUAAGGAAUAAGUAAAUAUUGACCUCAUGUAUGUAAAGUGCUGUAUAUGGAUAUUAUUGUACUGCAGUUUCUACUGUAAUGUUUACUUUCAUAAACUGUAGAAUUAUUGCUGAAAGAAAUUAUGAAAGUGAAAAAAAAAAUCCAUUUCAGCAAAAGAAACACAUUGAAAUGUAAGUGUUAUUAGGAAAUGUUAAAGAGUGAACUGAUUAUAUGGUCAAGUUAGUUGAAAGUUCUCAUUUGCAAUGCUGUGUACAGUAGAAACUUAAUGAAAAUGUGUUUUAUUGUCAUAACUGUAAUGCAGUAUUAUUAUAAAGGUUUCAACCCCUGUAAUUCACUUUGACCUCAAAUUUUGUAGGUCUUUAUUUUUUAUUAUUGUUAUGCAAGUACAAGAGAAUUGUAAUUAAUUCAUUUUUAGUUAUUGACUGCAUUUGUAAACCAUAUGCAAACAGGAUGAGGUGUUUGAGUUAGGUGUAAAAAAUAUGGUAUGGAAAAUAAAGAUUUUUUUAAUAGUAA